AAUGUGUGCACGAUGGAGGUGAAUCCGUUGAGCAUAAUUUUGGUCAAAUCAGACAGUAAGGGCGAUCGGUUACUGUUUCGCUAUCCGUACACUCUGCCGCAGCAGUUUCAGACUUCUGUUACACCAGCGCGUAAAACGCCCUACUCGUUGAUCCACACUGGAGACGACAUUCUACAGAAUGGACCACCAUCGAACAUUUGUUUUGACCAGUUGUACGGGAUUUCGGACAAAGAUCUCGCCACGCUGUUUGCCGUCAAAUCGGAUCUGUGCAAUCAAAAAUUCGAGCUGAAGGUAAACGAUGUACGGUUCGUCUCGCAUCCGACGUUGCUUCGCAGCGACCAAGGCUCGGACCAGAAAUCGUCCGACAUCCAGAUCAAUGUUGUGUUCGCCCUGCACGCCCAGGCCAGCUCGUCCGUCGUCAAAUGCUACUACGAGCUUAGCAAACGCAUUGGCAUUGCGCUGAUUUACGAAGAGCGUCGCGAUGGUUACUUUUCGCGCGAGAUCAAAACGAUGGUUGCUGUGAUGGACGAAAACAGUGCACUUCAAGAGCAGGAACAACCGACCAGCGCAACCGGGACGGGUAGUUCCGUCGGAACGGGUAGUGGUACGGGACCGGCUGGAACGAGCGGACAAACGGUGGUAACGAAUGCAGCUGCAACUGCAGCUGGAAUUGCCGUCGGUGUGUUUGAUACGAUACUGAAAAACACCACACUGGCACAGUUUAUUAAAACGAUCUAUCACGACCUAUGCACGACGGGCUUGCUGAACGUGACCAUGAAUCAAACCAUAACGCUAAGCUUCUGUCUGCCCCAGAAAGCACAUCAAUUCCACAAGAAAGGCAUGGCGGUAGAGCCGGAAACGAUUGAUCGAUGUCUAGAGUCACUGAAACCCUAUCACGGAAUGCUGCUGCUCGUAGAUCCUUCCGAGCUGUUCGAUUGUGUGCCACCGUCCGGCGCAAACAUGCUGCUUCAGCUGAUCGAAGUGUACAAUCCGCUGAAAAGCUUACAAAACAUGGCCUCCGAUGCGGAGCUGCUGAUCGAUUACGUUUACCAGAUUGUAGGCCAUCUUGUGUACUGGGCAAAGGCUACCAUCAUCUACCCGCUGUGUGAAACAAAUGUGUACGUAAUUGCGCCCGACGCACAACUAAACAUUCACUCGAACCUAUCGGAAAAGUUUGCCACCAAGUUUCCAGGCAUGUCGUUGUUUGAAGUAAUUAGUGACUUUUCGCUGCCUACUUCGAUCGGACAUCUGACGACACCGUUGCAGCACCCAACCCGCCAAGGUCGGCUGGCGCAGAUGGUGUUGUGGAUGUUGCAACACCAUCUGCUCAUGCAGCUGCACACAUACGUACAGUUUGUGGCCAACUUGGACGGUAUUGAGGAGGAAAUGCUCGAGGCGGGACGUACGAGCGCUAUCGACCGAGUACAUCCUAUCCACAUGCUGUACGGCAGCUCGGCACCAAGUGCAUCCUCCAGCCAACCGUUGGCCGUCCCAUUGGGCGGAAAUCGAAAGCACUCGCUCAGUGAGGAUCGGUACUCCGACAGCCUUUCGGCACUGCUCACGACGGCAACUUCGGUUACCUCCAACACGCGACCUUCAUCCGCUAGUCAUCGGUCGAACAUUAGUCAUUCGAGCGUAGGCGGCGGUCUGCAUACGGCUUCCAGCACGGAGAACGACGAAAGCAUCGCGUCGAACGAUGAUGAUGAUAAGCUGAAGCGAUUGCUAGCUGCAUUUCCGGAACCCGAUCGUAAAGCGGUCGCCCGCAUACCGGCCGCCUCAAACCCGGAAGAUCUCGCGCUGAUGGUGCGACUGUGGAAGGCGGGCUACUUUAAGGGUGAGCAUCAUCUGGAGGAGAUAAUGUACUUUGAGAACUUGCGCCGUUCGCAACUGUUGCAGCUGGUGGACAAAUUUCGCGAGGUGCUCAUCAUCUACGAAACGGAAGAUCCGGCCAUUGCUAGCCUCUAUUCCGAUCAUCCGGUAGAGUAG